UGAAGAUAUUUAGGAAACCUAUCCAAUUAAUCGGUUUUAAUUAUUUUUUAUUUAUUUACCAAUAGUAAUUAAUACAAUAAUAUUAUUUAUUUAUUCCUAUUAAAUAUUCUACUCUUUAUUCGGUAAUUUAAUGUAACUAUUGAGUCGUGUCCAAUAUAAAAACGAUUGGUUAGAGAAAUCAAACGAACCGAUCUUUUAAUAUAGGACAAAAAGUCAUACACACGAAAAACAGACAUUCUUGAAAAAUCGAAGUUAAAGAAAACGCAGAGUAGAGGAACGAAAAGAAGGUAAAGCGAAUGAGUGGGUAAAGUUCGAAGAUCAAUAAAAAAAGCAAGCGGAAGUGUAACGAGAACGAUAUGUCGAUAGCUCGGGUAGUAGGGCAAAACACGCAGGUUUCGCGAUCAGAUGAAAAUAUUGAUCCUGGAUAAGAGAGAAGCAGCGCGACGCUUUGCAUGUGGCAAAACACGUUUUACGUUCCGUUGUAACGCCGUCUUUACGAGAUCAAGUCGAUACUUUUUUGCUUUUUCUUGGAAGAGCAGCUGAGGCGUCGCGACGCUACCUAUAUAUCAUGAACAAGUGACGGAGUACGUAUGGACUGUGCUAUGUUUAUAACUCAUCGACAAUGAUCAUUUUGCGCUCUCUCUCUCUCUCCCUCUCUCUCUCUCUCGCUCUCUCGCUCUCUCGCUCUCUCUGUGUUUACCGAAAAAAUCAUUUUUUGUAUAUGUAUGUAUAGCGUCGGUGUUUUUACAUAUGAUAUAUACAUGAUGUUUCUAAGUAAACGUGAUUUUUCUACACAAAAAUAUUUUGUGUAUUAUUGAAUUCGUUCUUUGUAAUCAUUAUUGACCUUUGAUUUGGUCAUACAUAAUUCGUCGCUUGCAAUUGAACGUUCCUCAAUGAGGAACGUAUUUCAAUUUCAUAAGAUCCAGGUGAACCUCUGUAUAGACGCUUUUUCUGAACUGCUUUAUUAAAAAGACCAGAAGUUAACAAGAUUUUCCAUUGAAAGAAGAAUUCGUCAUCGAUAUAAAAACCGAUCUUACGACGUUUCUAUGACUUUUUUUCGAAGGAAUAAUCUUCGGGAAAGAACGUUCACGAAGAAAAUAAUAAUUAAGGGUGAAAGAAAAAAAAAAGAUUGAAAUGCGUCUCCUCCGUAUAAUAGAUCAGAAGAACGUUUCUUUGUGUCGCAUUCGUGCACAUCUCAAACAAGUUAGUUGUGAUCGAUUUGUUAAACAAAAAUGAAAAAUAAGAUAAGGAUAAAGGAAGAGAAGAAAAUAAAGAAAAGGUAAGACAUCUAAUAAAAAGCGAAAGAAGUCCAUGCGCCGAAACGGGGGAGAUUCGUUAGCCGACGAAGAUGCCGCUUCCGAGUAUUCUCAGGAAAGCGAGCAAUUACAUCCUCGGCGACGGCAGCCAGGAUGAACGUCGUACUAUUUAUCAGGAUGGUGAGGCAUUGUUUUGUAAGAACAAUGUCUGCGUACAUCCCCCAACUUUAACGCGUCAGAAUUCUGACGUCGUGCAUCAUCCUGGAUAUAUGACCAUAACCUGUAAGUUUAAUAAAAAUUCUGACGUGCCAACAUUGCAUCUUAGUUGGAUACCUAAUAGCACCUUACGUAAACAUCCAACUACUUUGGAGAGUUUAAAUGUAAGAAAAUUGGAGAGUAUUGUGAUGUCUCGUGAUACUGAAAUUAGCGAGCCAUGUCAUACAAAGAUUUCAGAGCUUGGAGAGAAACGCUAUGAGAGUAGUUGCGAGAAGGAAUCUCUGGAGGAGAGAGUCGAUGUUUGUUUGGAAGCAAAAGAACCUAUUAGAUGUGGCGAUUGCGAACGUGUUUGUUCUGGAGGAUUUUCUACCGGAGUACGUAUUUGCGAGGAUGAAGACACUUCCAAGGAUAUUGGAAUCAUUAGAAAGGAGAGAGAUCAAAGGAUUAAUCGUUUUCGUUCAGAAUCAAUGGAAGAAGCAGAAAAAUGUAAGAAUACUAUUGACAAUGAUUAUAAAAGUGUAGAAGAUGAUCGGAUACAUUUAUGUUAUGACAAUGUGAGUAUUAAGAGUCGUAGUAUGUCGCUGACUUCUACUUGUAGUCUCUCUAUAUCUACACACACAGAUGCUGAAGAAAUACCAUCAUGGAUGAGAUCGCCUGAACUUCUGGCACUUCAACAUAAUCUUACUUUUCCUGAAAGUGCAACUGCCUCUCCUGUUACAUUGAGAAGAGCUCAUCGAUGUAGAAGAUUUUCCGUGGAUCUUAGUGAAAUGCGAUCCUUGAGGUUAUUCUUUGCAGAUCCAGCUUGUACAUGUGGACAACUGGUAGUUGCUAGCAGAGAAAGUCAAUACAAAAUUUUACACUUUCAUCAUGGUGGAUUGGAUCGCCUUGCUGCUACUUUACACCAAUGGCAUCAAUUACUUUAUCCUAGAUUAGACGCUGAUACAGAGGAAACUUUACCUUAUAGGCAUUUUAUGGUUUGUCGACCUGAGGUGGGCCGCGAUGAAUUGCAUCCUGAAGAAGGACAAGUUCCAAUGAUUACAUCUUUAGCAUGGAAAGACUUAUUAAAUGAAAAGGGACAAGUAGAAGAUGAUUUGGCUCUCCGUAAAGGAAUCUUUUUUGGAGGGUUGGAACCAGCUUUGAGAAAAAUUGUUUGGCCCUUCCUCUUACAUUGUUAUUCUUAUCAAAGCACUUAUGAAGAUCGAGAACAAAUUGAUGCUCUUAGAAGACAAGAAUAUGAGGAAAUUCAAAAACGUAGACUAAACAUGAAUCCAGAGCAAGGAGAACGUUUUUGGCGAAAUGUAGUUUGUAUAGUGGAAAAGGAUGUUGUACGAACAGAUAGAGGAAAUCCAUAUUACGCUGGAGAGGAUAAUCCAAAUAUCGAAGUUAUGAAAAAUAUUUUAUUAAAUUACGCGGUUUAUAAUCCCCGAUUGGGAUACACCCAAGGUAUGUCUGAUUUAUUGGCUCCAUUAUUGGCAGAACUUAAUUCGGAAAUCGAUGCCUUCUGGUGUUUCGCUGGAUUGAUGCAAAGAUCGGUAGCAGUGUGUACACCUACUGAUAUAGAUAUGGAUAGAAAUUUGUGCUAUCUCAGAGAAUUAAUUAGAAUUAUGGUGCCAGAUUUCUAUAUUCACCUACAGAAACAUACAGAUGCCUUAGAAUUAUUAUUUUGUCAUCGAUGGAUCCUUUUGUGUUUAAAACGUGAAUUUCCAACCGAAGUUGCUCUCAUCAUGUGGGAAGCUUGCUGGGUCAACUAUUUAACGGAUCAUUUUCACUUGUUCCUUUGUUUAGCCAUAAUGUGUGUUUACGCUGACGACGUAAUAGCGCAAGAUCUUAGAACCGACGAAAUGCUAUUGCAUUUUAGUUCACUUGCCAUGUAUAUGGAUGGAAAUUUGAUAUUAAGAAAGGCACGCGGUCUUCUUCAUAAUUUUCGUCAGCUCGUUCGUUUACCUUGUACACUUGCUGGACUUUGUCGCCAAUGUGGUCCAGGGAUGUGGGAUAGCAGUCAUGAUCCGGUAAUUGAAUGCAUAGGUCACGAAGAUGCGUCAUGCCCUUAUUUGGAUAAUUACGAUUAAUGACCUAAUUUAUUAUACUAACGAUUACAUAUAAUUAUAACGUUAUAUGCUUAUUAUAACGUUACAUGCUAAUUUACUCAUAACCGGAUUUAAUGAAAGUAAAAAAAAAAAAAAAAAAAAAA